AUGUCAGAGUUGCCGAUAAAGUAUAAUGAAUGGGAUACUGAGUCUGCUCGCGUUAAUGGAAGUAAUUAUAAAACAAAUGAAAAGGACAACGAAGAUGAACGACGACAAAAUCGAUCUAGACGACUUAGAACAGCUUUUACGAAUUUAAACUGUUGUUGUCCAUGUUCAGCUCCUCUUUUGCUUGGUCUUCUAGCUGGUGCAUUGACUAUGGGAGUUGUUUUUGCAACGAUUCUUUCACUUUAUGUAUCUGAUUCAGACGGAACAACAGAUCUUUCAGCUAACGCUGUUACACAAACAACCGGCACUUCGACAACGAGCACAAGUGCAAGCUCUACUACUAGUACUAGCUCAAGUUCUACUACUACUUCAACAACAAAAUCAACAAGCACUUCAUCGACAAGUUCAACUUCUUCGACUAGUUCAACAACUUCCGUAACAACAGUUACAGCAACUACUGCUACUACUACAACCGCUACAACAACAACAUCAAAAACAACUACAACAACAACAACUACGACUACUACAAAACCUUAUUGCACAACACGCGUUACAUUUGAUGAUAUUCCUGGUCAAACAUCUACAUCAGGUGUUAUUCCUAAUGGAUAUGACAAUCUCAAUUGGACAAGUACUUCAUACAUCAAUGUAUCAACAACGUCAAAUUCUGGUUAUCAAAAUGCUGUUAUUUCACAACCUUAUGUUGCUUAUAAUCCAGGAGGAGCACAAGUUAUAAUAGCAGCAGUCAAUGGUACACAUUUUUCUUUUGAUUCAGUGGUGGUGGGAUCUGUCUGGCGAGAUAAUCUACAAUGGACUAUCGAUGCCUAUCGAUCUGGUGUUUAUGAGAUACAUGCUACUUUUCUGCUUCAAGUGGGUAAUCAAACAACUAUUUCAUGUUAUGGUGGUUGUACUAACUUGGAUACACUUAUUUUCUCGACAACAGGUGGAACACCACAUUCUGGAUACGCUCAGACCGGAACGGAAUUUGCUUUUGAUGACUUGUGUAUUUCAUUUUUAUACUAA